CGCCUGACCAAAGAAAACGGGAAGCUGGCUAUGGCCCGCAGCGCCGAGGGGGCCGUGGCACUCCACUACGCGGCACGCUCGGGCAACACGCAGGCCACGAAGAGUCUGCUCAACGCCUAUCCCGAGGGACUCCAUGUCGAGGAUAAUGAAGGCAGAACCCCCAUGCAUUAUGCAGGUAUGGCAGCCAGUGCAGGAUCGAAAGGUACUUAUGACAUGUUGAAGAAGGAAGGAGGAGACGAAACUCUGCAAGAUCUGAGUGGCCGCACUCCCGAGUACUACCGGGAUAAUCCUACGAGUGGUCGAAGUCAGUCUCGAGCUCCCUCAAGGUCUCCCUCGAAAGCUCCCUCGAAAGCUCCUUCUCAGGCUGCCUCUCGAAACCCAUCCCGAGCUCCCUCUCGAGCUGCUUCUGAAGGGAAAGGUCCUUCUCGUGGUCCCUCUCGUGGUCCUUCUCGGGCUCCUUCUCGAGGUCCUUCUCGUGGUCCUUCUCGUGGUCCUUCUCGAGGUCCUUCACAGGGUCCCUCUCGAGGUCCUUCCAGAAACAAGUCGAGAAACGAGCAGAGGAGUCGAGGGCCUUCGAGGGCCGGUCACAACGACGAGAAGGACAUGCAGAGGGCCAUCGAGGCAGCCGAGGACGGGGACUACAGCCUCAUGUCCGACAUCAUCAUCAUGGGCGACGGCCAAAAGCUGGUAGGACUCCACUCCAAGGACCCGGAAGUCGACGAGUUCCUGCAGAGGAUCCCGAGACACCUGGAAUCCAUCGAGGAGCUGCACCAGGCGGCCGAGAAAGGCGAGACGAGGAAGGUGGUCAGCCUCCUGGACAGGAAGAAGAAGGCGCAGACGAGGGAUUCGAACCAUGCUAAUAUCCUACACAAGGCGACCAUCUACGGGCAUACGGACCUGGUAAGAUACCUCGUCCAAAACUUCCCUGAACUGAUGGACCAGAAAGACCUCAAAGGCAGGACUCCGGUUCAUUACGCCGCCGUGCUGAGGGAUGGCGGACAUGUUUACAAAAUUUUGGAGAAGGAAGGAGGGAAGACGGACUUACAGGAUGAUACCGGCCAUUCCCCUCAAGAAUACAUCGAAAAUCCUCAAAUUCUUACCCAAUGGGAUUUAAGAACUCAACUCGAGGAAGGCAUGGGCACUCAGCCAAGGAGUUCGCGGCCGGAAACGAAGGGCAGUGAAGCCACCAGCUACUACGGGGGCGACGAGGACGGCAUGGAGCGCGUCGACCCCGAGACGCUGGCCACGCUCGAGAAGGAGUACCGUCGGCUAAAGGGCGUUCCUUCCCGGAUGCUCAUGAAGAAGUACCUGACGAAGGACGUGUUCGAUAAGCUCAAGUACCGCGUGACGGCCGGCGGCGCCACGCUGCUGGACGUCAUCAAGUCGGGCCUGGCCAACCCCGACUCCAACAUCGGCCUCUACGCGCCCGACGCCGAGUCCUACACGCUGUUCGGCGACCUCUUCGACCCCGUCAUCGACCAGUACCACGGCGGCUUCGGCCCGAACGAGCGCCACCCCGGCAUCGACUUCGGCUCCCCGGACUCGCUCGGGGACCUGAACGAGUGGGGCGACUACGUGGUGUCGACGCGAGUGCGCUGCGCCCGCUCCAUCGAGGGCUACCCGUUCAACCCGCUGCUCACGGCUGAGCAGUACGCUGAGCUCGAGCAGGACAUCGAGAUGACGCUGGACACCCUCGACGGGGACCUCGCCGGCUACUACAGGCCGAUCAACCGCCUGUCGCCGGAGGAGCAGAACAAGCUCCUCGACGAGCACCUGCUGUUCAAGCAGGGCGACCGCUUCCUGGAGGCCGCCGGCGCCUGCCGCUUCUGGGCGGACGGGCGAGGCAUCUUCCUCAACGCCGACAGCACGCUGGUGGUGUGGGUCAGCGAGGAGGACCACCUGCGCAUCAUCUCCAUGCAGGACGGCGGCGACCUGCGGCAGGUAUACAACCGCUUCGUGCGCGCCGUCACCGCCCUCGGCGACCGCCUCCCCUUCAGUUACUCGCAGCGCUUCGGCUUCCUCAACUUCUGCCCGACCAACCUGGGCAACGCCAUCCGCGCCUCCGUCCACAUCCGCCUGCCGCGCCUGGGCAACGACCGCCGCAUCCUGGAGGACACGGCCGACCAGUUCCACCUGCAGGUGCGCGGGACCUCCGGCGAGCACUCGGAGGCCAAGGACUUCGUCUUCGACAUCUCCAACCGGCGGCGCCUCGGCCUGACAGAGAUCGAGGCGCUGCAGGAGAUGUACGACGGCGUCAGGGAGAUCAUCCGGCUCGAGAAGACCAUGGAGAAGAACGGAAGCAGGAAGGGCUCGGCCUACUUCUAG